CGUCGCGACGCCCCCGCCCCGUCCUCUGCCCGCCUGCCCGCACCGCCCCCCUGGAGCCGGCCGGCCGGCCAGGAGCCAGGCCGAGUCCUCGCCAUGCUUGUUCGAUUGCUGCUGCUGGCAUUGCUGUUACCCGGCCCCGGGGUUUUUGGGAGUCCCAGCACUGUGACACUUCCUGAAACCUUGCUGUUUGUGUCAACAUUGGAUGGAAGCCUGCAUGCCGUCAGCAAGAGGACAGGCUCCAUCAAAUGGACUUUAAAAGAAGAUCCAGUCCUGCAGGUUCCAACACACGUGGAAGAGCCUGCCUUCCUCCCAGAUCCCAAUGACGGCAGCCUGUACACGCUUGGGGGCAAGAACAAUGAAGGCCUGACGAAACUUCCCUUUACGAUCCCUGAGUUGGUGCAGGCAUCUCCGUGCCGAAGUUCAGAUGGCAUUCUCUACAUGGGUAAAAAGCAGGACAUUUGGUAUGUUAUUGACCUCCUGACUGGGGAGAAGCAGCAGACCCUGUCGUCAGCCUUUGCAGACAGCCUCUGCCCAUCAACCUCUCUUCUGUAUCUGGGGCGAACAGAGUACACCAUUACCAUGUACGACACCAAGACCCGCGAGCUGCGCUGGAACGCCACCUACUUCGACUACGCGGCCGCGCUGCCUGAGGACGACGGGGACUACAAGAUGUCCCACUUUGUGUCCAAUGGCGAUGGGCUGGUGGUGACGGUGGACAGCGAGUCCGGGGACGUCCUGUGGAUCCAGAACUACGCUUCCCCCGUGGUGGCCUUUUACAUCUGGCAGCGCGAGGGUCUGCGGAAGGUGAUGCACAUCAACGUCGCCGUGGAGACCCUGCGCUACCUGACCUUCAUGUCGGGGGAGGUGGGGCGCAUUACCAAGUGGAAGUACCCCUUCCCCAAGGAGACGGAGGCCAAGAGCAAGCUGACGCCCACCCUGUAUGUGGGGAAAUACUCCACCAGCCUCUAUGCCUCCCCCUCGAUGGUACACGAGGGCGUCGCCGUUGUGCCCCGGGGCAGCACCCUUCCUUUGCUGGAAGGCCCCCAGACCGACGGUGUCACCAUUGGGGACAAAGGGGAGUGUGUGAUCACGCCCAGCACGGACCUGAAGUUCGACCCCGGGCUCAAAGGAAAGAGCAAGCUCAACUACCUGCGGAACUACUGGCUGCUCAUUGGACACCACGAAACCCCACUGUCGGCGUCCACCAAAAUGCUGGAGCGCUUCCCCAACAACCUGCCCAAACACCGGGAGAACGUGAUUCCUGCUGACUCGGAGAAGAAGAGCUUUGAGAAGGUCAUCGACCUGGUUGACCAGACUUCAGAAAACGCACCUACCACGGUUUCUCCGGCCGUGGAAGAGAAGUUCGAUCGUGCCCCUGCCAAGCCCGAGGCCCCCGUGGACUCCGUGCUCAAGGACAUGGCCACCAUCAUCCUGAGCACCUUCCUGCUCAUCGGCUGGGUGGCUUUCAUCAUCACCUACCCCCUGAGCAUCCACCAGCAGCGGCAGCUCCAGCACCAGCAGUUCCAGAAGGAACUGGAGAAGAUCCAGCUCCUGCAGCAGCAGCAGCUGCCCUUCCACCCGCCCGGGGAUGCAGCACAGGACACCGAGCUCCAGGACUCGUCCGGCCAGUACUCAGAGAGCUCGGCCACCAGCAGCCCCAACACGUCCCCCCGAGCCUCCAACCACUCGCUCCACUCCACCGGCUCCACCUCCAAGGCUGUCACCAGCCCCUUCCUGGAGCAGGACGACGAGGAUGAGGAGAGCAGCAUGGUGAUGGUUGGGAAAAUCUCCUUCUGUCCAAAGGAUGUCCUGGGCCACGGAGCUGAGGGCACGAUUGUGUACCGGGGCAUGUUUGACAACCGCGACGUGGCCGUCAAGAGGAUCCUCCCCGAGUGCUUCAGUUUCGCGGACCGUGAGGUCCAGCUGCUGAGAGAGUCGGACGAGCACCCAAACGUGAUCCGCUACUUCUGCACCGAGAGGGACCGGCAGUUCCAGUACAUCGCCAUCGAGCUGUGCGCGGCCACGCUGCAGGAGUACGUGGAGCAGAAGGAUUUCGCCCACCUCGGCCUGGAGCCCAUCACUCUGUUGCAGCAGACCACCUCGGGCCUGGCCCACCUGCACUCCCUCAACAUCGUUCACAGAGACCUGAAGCCCCACAACAUCCUCCUCUCCAUGCCCAACGCACACGGCAGGAUCAAGGCCAUGAUCUCCGACUUCGGCCUCUGCAAGAAGCUGGCCGUGGGCAGGCACAGCUUCAGCCGCCGCUCGGGGGUGCCAGGCACCGAAGGUUGGAUCGCCCCGGAGAUGCUAAGCGAAGACUUCCAGGAGAACCCCACCUACACGGUGGACAUCUUCUCCGCGGGCUGCGUCUUCUACUACGUGAUAUCUGAGGGCAGCCACCCCUUUGGCAAGUCCCUGCAACGCCAGGCCAACAUCCUCCUGGGUGCCUACAGCCUUGACUGCCUACACCCUGAGAAGCAUGAGGACGUCAUUGCCCGGGAGUUAAUAGAGAAGAUGAUCGCCAUGGACCCCCAGAAGCGCCCAUCAGCGAAGCAUGUGCUGAAACACCCUUUCUUCUGGAGCCUGGAAAAGCAGCUCCAGUUCUUCCAGGACGUGAGUGACCGGAUAGAGAAGGAGGCCCUGGACGGCCCGAUAGUGAAGCAGCUGGAGCGCGGCGGGCGGGCCGUGGUGAAGAUGGACUGGCGGGAGAACAUCACCGUCCCCCUGCAGACAGAUCUGCGGAAAUUCAGAACUUAUAAAGGCAGUUCGGUCCGAGAUCUCCUCCGAGCCAUGAGGAAUAAGAAGCACCACUACCGGGAGCUGCCCGAGGAGGUGCAGGAGACGCUGGGCGCCCUCCCCGACGACUUCGUGCGCUACUUCACCUCCCGCUUCCCCCACCUGCUCUCGCACACCUACCGCGCCAUGGAGCUGUGCCGCCACGAGAGGCCCUUCCAGCCCUACUACCACGAGCCCCCCGAGCCCCAGCCCUCCGUGACUGCAGAUGCCCUUUGAGCCGGGCGGCCUCCACGCUGGUGGCCUCGCUGGGACUGAGGGCCUGGUCUCUACGAGCUGCAGCCCGGUGCCUCCCGGCCGAGCAGGGAGACCAGGCCCUGAAGCCAAGUGCCUUGAGCCGCCCGCUCCGCAGACAGCAGGGGAGGAUGCCAACCCUAGGCAGGGCAAGAGGUGAUUCCUCCCCACCCCCCCAACCUGCGGAGGAGCUGGGAAGACACUGGUCAUGAAAGCUGGAACAUCGGGGGAUGUUUGCAAAGGAGGACCAGUCCCAGAGGCAGAGAGGAGCACCGUCUGUCUUCUCCUGGAUAUACUCGCUUCAGACUUGCAUUUCUUUUAAAACUCCCUGUCUGAUGCUGGCCUGUAGGCCUUUAAGGAAGAGAGAUUAGGGACCCCUCCGUGUUGCCUGCAUGCUGGGUCCAGAAGCACCCUCUCUUGGACCAGCUAGGCCGAGCUGUACCAAGUGUGGCCCCUGCUAGGAGCAGGGCCCUGGAGGAGAGGGUCCCUGGGAGAGGGAGGGCCUUCAGAGGGUGUCAUCCCUGGGGAUCAGAGACACUGUGUACCCACAGGCUCCCAGGUCACUGUGACCAGCAUUUCCUCUGGGGGCAGCAAGAACCUUGAGCAUAGGGGUGCGGUGAGGGGACAGGCCAGCCCGGCACUCUGAAAGGCGAGGCUGUGUCUGCAGGUCUCACAGACACUGAGAGGAUGCCGUGGCCCCGGGCACUGGUGGCCUGAACGGGGGCCCUUGGUGGGUCCGUGCCUUGGGCACUUGGGGUUAUUUAGGAGCAUCUGGGGGCAAGAGGGGAUAAGUCCCCUGGCCAUGAGGGGUAGAAGCUCAGACCCGGGCAGAGACAGGCCAGAGGGGCCGGAGGGGACAUUCAGGGCCCACCAGGGCGUCCUGGCCAGCGGGCAGGCAGUGAGGCCACUCUGUCCCUGGGGCCAGCAGGACGGGCCAGGGGGUUGAGAGCCGAGGCCAGAGUCACCACACACUUUGUGCAGGCUUUUAUGUUUCUCCUGGCAGAUUUUAAUAACUUUUUAUUUUGAUCAUACCGUAGAAUGCUACGUUAGUGUGAGCUAAACUGAACUUGAAGCUUACUCAUGAAGAAGCAAUGCAAGAAACAGAAUAAUACAUCUUCUAUUUUGUGGGGCACGGAAAGCCCCAUCCUCUGGUUCUCUAACGCUGAAGAGUGAAACAGCAUGGCCACACUAUGUACGUGUGUGACACAACCUCAAAAUCCCACUCUCCAAAUCAUGUCAAUACCAUGGGGUUUUUCCCCCCAAAAUUGAUACAAUGUUUAACGUUAGUUUUAGUCAAAAAUUUCUCUCUUUUCUCUGCCGAAAGCCCUUAGAGGUUUACUACAGUCAGGAUACAGGUGAGGAAGCAUUUUCUGAGGACCUUCUCUAGCCAGUCGGACGGAUCACUGCAGUUCGGUCCUGGUGAACUCAGAGACUCCGCUCGGGAGAAAGAAUGUUACUAUCAAUUUUCUCUUUAACUGACAGAGAGAAAUCACUGUUUCUUCUCCUCACAAGAUGUUUUCUGGCAGUGGAUUUGAGCAAGAGCCAGUCACCAACAUACUCAUUCUGCCUUCAGUGAAUUCAACUCCCUUCCUUUCCAUCUGCCUAAAGUCAUCCUCUCUCUCUCUCUUUUAAAAUUAUCCUGCAUCUUUAAACCUCAUCCAUUGCCUCACUUAGACCUGGGAACCCAGCAUCCUUGGUCGGCAUCAUGCCUCGUACCAUGCUGUCCGUUUUUCAGGAACACGGAAGACCAACGUCUUUCUUCUCCCAGCUCUGAUGCUCCCGGGCCAGCCCCUCCCCAGCUGCUCUCAUACGGCUCUGCAGGUUGCUUUGCCGCCAGGGCAGAUGAUGAGACUGGUCGAGGUGGAGAAGGAGAAAGUACCACGAGUGAUUUAAAGGACUGUCUCUCUGUUUUGGCCCCUCUUGCCUCCAGGACAGCUUUUUUUUUUUAACUGCCUUUUCUGCUUGUGGUACUGGUUUUUAACCCUCCAACUGUCUCAAACUCGCUUAUUCACUGUAUUUUAUUUGAGCACUUCUAUAUGUGCUGGACAGGAUAUUGGGUGCCACAGACACAGGUGAACAAAACAGGCCAAACCUCGGCUUUCGCACGAGCCAGUGGUAGAGAGUGGACAGGGAGUAAAUACCAGCACUGCGAAGAAAACGCGGAGGUGGGGAAGGGCGUGCGUCUGGGGUUGGCACCCAGCAGAUCGCCUUCUGUUCAUCUUCUCUCCGUCACCCUUGGGAACCCAGGCACCCAUAAGUCUUCCCAAGUGGCCUGUAGAGGGCUUGUGUGGGUGCCCAUCAUGAUGACACCUCGGGCACCAUCUGGUUUAUCUUGUCCUGGUCUCUAGAGUUCUGGUUUCCUGUUGUUUUGGGCAGGGUUCUGCAGUCGGCCACGUCCUGUCACAGCUGAGCCGUUGCUCUGAUCUUCUGUACGAUUCCUGGAAGGCUGAGUUUUCACAAGUACACCAUCUUUAUCAUCUUUUUUUUUUUUAAUUUAUUUAUGGCUGUGCUGAGUCUUCGCUGCUGCACACACACGGGCUUUCUCUACUUGUGGCAAGCAGGGGCUGCUCUCGCUGAGGUCACCAGCUUCUCAUCGAGGUGGCUUUUCUUGCAGAUUACAGGCUGUAGGGUGCACAGGCUUCAUAAGCGCUUCAGUUAGUUGCCCCGAGGCAUAUGGAACUUCCCCAGACCAGGAGUCGAGCCCAUGUCCCCUGCAUUGGCAGACAGGUUCUUAUCCACUGGACUACCAGGGAAGUCCUGUCUCAUCUUUAAGACAGAAUUUAGUCACAUCUGUUAGGAAUCCCAAGGACACCAUCAUCUCUUUAAAUCUCGUAUUGAACCUUGUGUUGAAUCUGUCCUUGGCACACCUGCCAGAAUUCUCUUGCUGCUUCUUGAGUCCUUUUAACUUCAGUUUUUGAAGAGCUCCACCUGUCACGGGCUCCAGAGCGUCUGCAAUCACAGGUGUUAGGUGAUGCCACUAAAGCACCUGAUGUCUCAUGCAUGCCACCCUGGCACCAAGUUCCUCUCCCAUCUCCCCCUUUCUCAGUGUGGUAGUCCUUGUCGGCUCUCCCCAGGGAGACAUCAUUCCCACCCCUUACACAUCUUUCAGUGGGAGAUCCAGCAGUUAGCAGGCCCAGUUAAGUGCUUCCUUCCUACCAACUUGAGAAGAAAGUUCCUUAUCAGAGCUCACCCUGAUCCUUUGAGUGAGGUUUUGUGUGAAUGCCAUUCGUUUAUCACCACAGUGAAAGAGAAGAACUGGGGUCGGGUCUGACAUCGAAGAUGGGAGGGGGCGUUGGGGUCAUAGAGUUUUCUCCUCUUGGACGCUUUCUUCUCCAAAGCUGAACCACGGCCAGGCUUGGCUUUGCUGGGACUGUUCUCAUUGUGUGUCUCUGUUCAUCGGAUCCUCAGCCUUGAGGUCAUCCGGGACGUGGGCUGGUUCCGUUUUCACAGCCUUCUGUGGAAGGGCUGGGGGACAGAGCACAGCAUACCUGGAGGGAGCCUCUCUCUCUUCUCUUGAGCUUUCUCCCUGAUCGUUCAGCUUCUGAAAUCCCUCUUCUUCGUAUUUCCCAGUGUUUCUUUUCCUUGGCCACCCUUCACCAUCCUGGAGUAGUUUCUUCAGUUGACUGAUCCUUUGGGUGAGGUUCUGUCUGUGUGAAUGCCAUUCAUUUAUCACUUCAGUGAAAAAGAUGAACUGAUGGCUGGUCUGACGUCAGAGAUGAGAGGGGGGUCCUUUGGGUUGCAGAGCUUUCUCCUCUUGGACGCUUCUUUCUCCGAAGUUGGCCCGGGGCCAGGCGUGGGCUUCCCGGGGCUGAUAUCAUUUGUGUAUCGCUGUGCACAUCGAGCUUGCCUGGAAGUAAGUCUCCAGGUGUCCUGUCCAGAUGAGCCGGAAUUCCACCUUCCAGGGUUGGACCGUCAUCAUUCUUUGGGUUUCUUUUUUUUUUUUUAGACCAUUACCUUUUAAACCAAAGAGUCUACUUUUUGUAUAUUUGGUUUGCUCUGUGAAUCAGUGAUUUCCCAUGAGUAACUGGUUCCAAUUCUUGUAUCAGGACUUAAAUCCUCUCUGUAUUCUUGGAAAACCACAAAGACAGCAUCCAAAAUGAGCCUCCCCACUGGAGCAGCCUUAACCAACACUUCCAGCCAAAGUCCCCACCCCGCUCACCUCACCCCCUGUUCUCGAGUGUCCAGUAUUCCUUUUCAGUGUCCCAGAAGCUGUGACGGGGGCGUCCCCACUGACCUAGAAAGCAUUACCAGUCGAUUCUGCCACAUUCUCAGAUGCUCACUUUAUGUAGUAUUCUUUUUGCAAUGACCUAUUUAUUGAACCUAUUUAUAUUUAUUUAAUUUUUACUCUGAGGUGUAGCCAGUGACAGUUGCACCUGCUUAAAGCACAGCAGGUUUGCUUUGGAUAAACACCCCUGACCACUUUAAAGCUGGAAAAGUUAUACUGUAUCCUUCCAUGGGAUGGAUGCCUUACAGUAGUUUUGUCAUUAAAGGGUGAAUAAUUUGGUCAGGGUAAAAAUGUUCAUUUUAAAGUGAUUUUUUUAAAAAAAAUUCUGUGCCAUUGUGUCUUCUCUGUGGAUGGUUAAUUGUUUCAUGGGUAUGUGUUAAUCGUGUGAUACAAUCCUCUUUGUGGAACCUAAAAGUCCUCUUUUUAGCUUUAUAUUUUAUAAACUGCCAGAUUGUACUAUUUUUAUGUGUAUUUUUAAAGGUUGAUGAUGUGAGGGUAAUUAUCUACGUUAAACAGCCUAUUUUUGUACCUCCUGUACAGUUUUAUAACUCUGCUGAUCAAUGAUGGCACCUUACGCUGAG